UCAUCGCCAGCCUAUGCGCCGAUGUCUCCCGGAGUGGGGCCCUCCAGUCCCACGUACUCGCCUACCAGUCCCUCGUAUUCGCCAACGAGUCCGUCAUAUUCGCCAACGUCUCCGAAAUACUCUCCAACGAGUCCGAACUACUCGCCCACCAGUCCGUCAUAUUCUCCUACCAGUCCCUCGUACUCACCGACGAGUCCGUCGUAUUCGCCGACCAGUCCUUCAUAUUCUCCAACCAGUCCUUCAUACUCUCCAACCAGUCCUUCCUAUUCGCCGACAUCGCCCUCCUAUUCGCCUACCAGUCCGUCGUACUCACCGACAAGUCCUUCAUACUCGCCGACCAGCCCUUCGUAUUCUCCUACCAGUCCCUCCUAUUCUCCAACUUCGCCUUCUUAUUCACCAACGAGUCCAUCGUAUUCCCCGAGCAGUCCCUCCUAUGCACCCACCAGUCCCUCCUAUUCGCCGACAUCUCCCUCUUACUCGCCUACCAGUCCCUCGUACUCACCAACGAGUCCGUCGUACAGCCCGUCAUCGCCGUCGUACUCGCCCACCAGCCCGUCCUACUCGCCGGGCUCUCCGACAUACUCGCCCUCAUCGCCCAAGUAUUCUCCCGCGAGCCCCUCCUACUCG